GGGAUCCCUGUGUACUCGACAAGAGAACCAUUUUGGCUGCCAUAUUGUUGCACAUUUCGAAAAGGGCCCUGUAAACUAUUAUUCAUCUACAAUGGCUACUUUAGAGCCGAGAUAUAUAGCUACUGCAGUCUCUGACUUAGUACUUGCUCUGGUAUCAUUUGCCUGUGCAUCAAACCCAACGCUCAACAAACUCAGUUUACAUGCAUCUGCAGGUUUCGGUUUAGUCGGAGUGGCAGCUUGUAUGGGUGUUGUGCGAUUUAGCGUUAUAAUUCCAUCAUUUCAUAAUGUUGUUAUAAAACUGCACAAGCUGAUGUCAUGGCUUGCUUCAGUAGCUGGUUUGCCUUUGAUUGCUGCAGGAUUUUCAUUCCAUCAUCAGAAACAGGGUCUUGGUAACCUACAUCUUGCUACUAGUGGUGCAAGCCUGGUGUUAACAUUUUUACGUGUGUCUAUCAACGAGAACCUGUCGAAGUUAGUAAGCACAUCAGCUGUAUUUGGGAUAGUAUUUGUCUCUAUUAUUGACAAGAACUUAUUUGGAAUUGCUGGGACUAUAGCUUACAUGCUGGCUGGGGGAAUGGAAUCUAUGGACAACAUUUUAGGACUAAGGGGGGUAGACUGGUUCCAUUAUGCCUUGUCUGUUGGGAAUGUACUCUAUCUGUGUGGAAUUACUGUCAACAAAACAUAAACACCACAAGGUGUCUUUGUCCAAAUUAUUUCUAUAAGGCACUGUAAAUGUAUGAAGGAUAAAGUAUUGUUCACAACUAUACACACAAUGAAUGACGAGCAAGGAUAGAAUGGAUUUCGUAAUGUAAAAAACAGCAUUUUUUGUGGUGACGGCCCAUACUACACGGUGCUAUAUAUUAUAAACUUGGGUGUUUUAGCUCAUAUACACCCAAAAAACGCAUGUGCCAGACUAAAGUUUGUAGAUAAAAAAGGACCUUGUAACAUGUGAUCUCCAGUUUGAAUCAUAAGGUUUACGGGCUGAGUAAAAAGUAUGGUUGCAGAGGAGCUCUGGUAUGGUUGCAAAGGUUGUACUUUUCCAGUUGUACUAAGCCACAUUUGGCCUAUUUUUGUGCCAUCAAUGAUGUUUAAUAAUCUACAAUUAUCAUAAUAUUUAAAGCUGUAUGAUUUAUGUAAUAAAUGUAUGGUAAAGGACAA